CGUCAUCAGACUCCACACACCUACAACAUUCAAACCCAACUCUCUCCUGCUCGAGAUCCCAUCAUCCUCCCGGCAGCCAACCGCCCAAAGCGCCAGCAGAUCCACCGGCGCGCUCGGGGCGAUGGGUGUCGUCUCGGCAGCGGCUGACCUGGCCGUCGCGGUCUUCUCCCUCGCCAUCGCCGUCGCGGCCCCGCUGAUGGACGCGCAGUCCGUCCUCCCGCCCGGCCUCCACCCGGCGCCGCUCGUGGAGCUCAAGCGCUGGUACACCGCCGAGUUCGGCGACUACCUCAUGGCCCGGCCCCCCGGCUUCUUCCGCGGCAUUAUCUGCCUCGAGCUCGCCUUCCAGUGGCCGCUCGCCGUCGCCACCCUCUACGGUAUCCUCACCCGCCGCCGCUGGGUCGCCACCACCUCCCUCAUGGCCGGCGUCUCCACCCUCACCUCCAUGUCUGCCGUACUUGGUGAGCUGUUAGGUUCGGGCAAAGCAACGCCAAAAUUGCUUCAGGUGUAUGUUCCUUUUGCCGCUUUUGCUGUCAUUGCGAUUCUACGUGGACUUUGCUCAUGCUCUCCACGCGCUACCGCUGGUUCAUCACUUGGGCCUUCUUCUCGGAAGAAGAGAGUCUAGUAUGUGGCUUGGAGAAAUUUCUGGGUCCAGACAGAGUUGCACCAAAGCUCUAAUGCUGGUUCACCACUUGGACCUUCUCAGAAGAAGAGGAUCUGGAUCAGGUUCCUACUCCCAGUAUUUCAAGGUUCUUUUGGGGAUAUUCAUAAUUUAUGCUAGCAUAUGUUAAAAAGACAGACAAUAUAGAGGCAAUUCCUGCAGGAUUUGUCUUCCAUUUUCUCUGAAAAGUCAUAUUUGUAUUGACUUUAUUUGCAAUUUCCACCUUGGACCACGCCCUGGUAAUUAAGGCAUUGUUCUAUUUACUUGGCGACCCGAUUCAACC